UUUCAGUGGUCGUCUUUGAUCAUGUCCGCUCGUAAGACAAAAGUAACAACACGCUCUGCGGGUCCUGUCCGUAGUGAAGUGAGCUUCAGUGGUAGCUUUAGUACUGGAUCUACUGGCGAGGAUUCAUUCCAGUCAAUCCUUGAGAGCAGCCGCCAUCAGGAAAAAGAACAGCUCACUGGUCUGAACAGUCGUCUUGCAACCUACAUUGAUAAAGUGCGUCAGUUGGAAGCUGAGAACAAUCGUCUCACUGUCCAGAUCAAGGAUAUUGAAGUAGUGGAGAAGAAGGAAAGAAACAAUCUUGCUGAACGUUUCGAAGCCGAGAGAGCUCGCCUUCGUAAUGCUUUGGAAGAUGCUCGUGAACAAGCCGCUAAAUAUGCGGUGGAACGUGAUUCGGCUAUCGGCGAGCAUGAACGUCUGGCAUCAAAAGUCGCCAAGCUGGAGAGAGAUCUGAAAAAGUCCGAAGAGGAUCGUCUCUCAGCCUUGUCUCUGGCAGAAUCCAGCACUGCUAAGCAGAAGAACAUGCAGAACAGACUCGACAAAGCCGAAGCCGAUGUUGCCAAUCUUGAGAAGGAGGUGGCUCGUCUGCGCAUGCAGUUGGCUGCGCUUCAGAAGAACCUCGAAGAUGAAAGUGUUCUGCGUGCGGCUGCGAAUGCCAAAAUCCAGGCGCUUACGGAGGAUCUGGAAUUCCAGAAGAAGCAGCAUAAGUCGGCUCUCGAAGAAGUUCGCCACAAACGUCAAGUUGACAUGACUACCUACGCUAAGCAAAUCAAUGACGAAUAUCAGUCGAAGCUUCAAGAUCAGCUUGCUGAGAUGCGUGCCCGCUUCCAGUCUCAAUUAUCAGCUAAUAAGGGAGCUUUUGAGGAAGCAUACAAGAAUAAGCUCAAUGAUGCCCGCGAACGAGCCGAAGCUGCUCAUGAUGAAGCAGCUCGUAUGCGAGUUCGUGUUCAUGAGCUGGAGAAGAGUGGAAGCUCGCAUGACUCUGUGAUUGAAGGACUCCGUCGCGAACUUGCCGACCUCAAGGAUGAACUUGAUCGCGCUAGAAGAUCUUAUCAAGAGAGACUUGAUGGGAAGGAAUUGCGCAUUGCUGAACUAAAUCGUGAGAUCCAACGCAUGAUGGAGGAGUUCCAUGAUCUGCUUGAUCUGAAAAUUCAACUGGAUACUGAACUGAACACAUACCGCAUGCUGCUUGAGUCUGAAGAAACUCGUCUCAACAUCUCUGGGCAAACUGGUGGCGACAAAUCGCGUGAUACAAGCAUGACCCAUCAUGUCUCGUAUUCGAGUGGGACUGGAGGUGGAGGUGCACGUGGGUUGAAAAGAGCUAGAGUUGAAUGGGGUGGAGAUGAAGAACUCGAUUUCCACCGUUUGCGCCAGAAGCUGCAAAAGCAUGUUGAUGGACCAGUUGGUAUUGAUGAGAUCGACCCUAAUGGUCAGUGGGUACGCAUUUUGAACAGCACCGAUGAAGAAGUCAGCAUCGCUCAUUGGAAGUUGCUAGUACGCGCUGGAGGCAAAGAAGUGACCUACCAAUUCAAUACUCGCAUGAAGCUUGAUCCUCAUGGCCACGCUACAGUGUAUUCGGCUGAUUCCGGAGAGAAACACCGUCCGCCGACUGACUUUGUCAUGAAGAAGCAAAAUUGGCCAAUCGGUGACAAUCCAUCAGUGCGUCUUGAGGAUCAAGAUGGCGAUCUCCGGUCAUCGGUCACUUUUGAAACAGACGAAUCCACGGACCCGUCUGACCCUGCAGAGCGAUGUAGCAUCAUGUAAGAAGCUCUGGAAUCGCAAUGGUCGUUCUCAUGUUCUCUUUUCUCUCUCUCUUUUUGUUGGAGGUGAGGUCCUGAGGUCAUACCCGCCGUUAUUGCUGCCGUUCUUCUUUUUCUUCUUUAUUCCUUUUAUCACAUGGUACAUGGUCCAUCCGUAGUGUCAUGUGCAUAUUUUCUUUAUAUCAUCGUCUUAUCUCGCCCAGCUUUUCUCAUUAUUCUUCCAAACGUUUGAUCAUCUCUUUGACGUCAUCUCGCAUUGUAAUUCGUUUUCUUAAUGUUUACUCAUCAUUUACAUUUACGUCCGUUGUUGUGUUGUGUUUCGUCGUUUGAGACGCUGAACGUUCGGUGGAUGGUGGCUUUCGAAGUACCUGCCUGAUAGGAAAUAUUUUCAUGAUCAUAGUGCUAGUCGUCUAGCUAAAGAAGAUGCUUUGAAAGUGAACCAACCCGAAGGUUUCCUCAUCCCCCGUUUUUUGUAUCUCGGACCUCCUUGUUAUCUCUUUUUUUGAGUUGUUUUAUAAGCCCCUUGUUUUGUUUUUGGUGGUAUUAUCGUCCACGUUUGACUUUUCUCUCCAUUCUUAUUCCCUGCACUGUCAUUAAUCUUAUGGGAUAUAUUGUAUUGCAUUAGAACUUAGAACCAAACUUACUAAUUCUUGUAAUUGUCAGUGAAUAUUUUCUACGAUAAACCGCGUCUUUUUGGGAAAUCAACAUUUCACCUGCAUCACGCUGGUUGUUUUGCAAUUUUCUUGUCUGAAUGA